AUGGCGGAAUCCGAAAACAAGGAGACAGUGGACGAAGUAUCCCUAAGUGAGGAAACUCAGGCAACCGGUGCGCAGGCAGCUCCAGCCGAUGCGACUGAACAGGUUGCGGCUGCCAUCUCGGGGGUUGGCCCGGAGAAGCCUGAAGGGGCGUCCGAAAAGCCUGAAACGGAGCUCGAGAAGCCUAGUGGGGCUUCCGAGAAGCCUCAGGACGCAACAGAGGAACCUGAAGGUUCCGGCAAGGCUCCUCAGGCUAACUCUGAACAUGAUGAAAGUGAGGAGCGUCCUGCUUUGCCAAAACGCAGAGACCCCACCGGUGACGUUAUCAAGAACCCCAUCCUUUUACAGCUAACCGAAGCUUUCCCCGGGAUUGAGCUCAAAUAUAUCAAUGCUGUCCUUAUAGCUUCGCAGGGUGUCUUGGACCCGGCUUUUAAUGCGCUACUAUACCUCUCGGACCCCAGCUUCGAGGCCGAGGCAGCAAUUCCGAACAUAGAGCCCAAGGCCGCCGCUGCAGCCCCUGCGCAGCCGCCGGUCUCGAAAACGCAGCUAGAGCAAGAUGAGCUGCUGGCACGCCAACUCGAUGCACAGUAUAACAAGAGUCGUGCCCGCAAUGUCGCCCGCAGCAUGGAAGACGAGCGCCAUGCGCGCGAGAGAAGGAUUAGAAAACGUCAGCAAGAGUACGAGAGACGCAUGGCCCAAAGCGGAAGGCCGCUGUCUCCAGAAGAGCAGCAAUACUACGCCGAGCUUGAAGAACUAGAGGAGGGUGAAAAUGACUUCCUCAGCCAACUGGUGGACAAGGAUCUGCCUGAAUUCCGCGAGAAGGUCGGACGUCAGGUCCAGGAAACAGGGAAGCGUGUCAACGAGUGGCUCAGUGGUUUCCGCAAGAACUGGGCCCAAGACCCAUUGCAGCAAUCGCAGUACUCACAGUCUCCACAACAAACCGCGCAGCGCGAUUUUUCGACAAAGAGUUCUUCCGGCUCUGACUACGACACUCAUGGAAGACCAAGCCACAGAACUGCCAGGUUCAACUCCUUUGGUGCGAAGGUGGGCGACGACAGCGUUGACUCUGCCUCGCGUCUCGCCAGCCAUGGCAUUUCCUUGUACAACAAGGACGAUGACGAAAUCAACAACGACGACGACGACGACGGGGAUGUAGCACCACAGCUUCCUUCUAGAAAUAAGCAGAAGGAAGUGAAGCCUGAGACAACAUACAUUGACACUCCAGAGAAUGGCACACGUAAGAAGUGGCAGCCCCUGCCCCCAGAGCCUAUUAACGGCACCCCUAGCAAAGUCAACGCUACGGCGACAAAGGGGAGAGGUAACGCGGACGCGGACGAGGAAUUCCUCAUCAACACCGACGACGAAUUGUAA